AGCAAAAUAUAUUUUAACCUGCCGAGUUGAACAAAAAUGGUAUGCUUCAAUAGUUAAUACAGUUAAUCUCUAUAUGAAACAAUUAGAAGAAAAGAUGCUAAAAGUCAAAAAUUAAAAAUCAUAUAUGGUAUGUUAAUAGCAAUGAAUGGAAAUGUUUUCAUAUCUCAUGACGAAGCAAUUGAACAUAUGAGAACACAUAAUUCAAAUGUUAUUUCAGUAAUUCCACAAACUGCUGGCAAAAAACGGAAUGGAUCUCAAGUUUUAUCUGGUUCUGGAACCGGUGGAAUCGAUUCCUGGCACGGAACCGAUUCCGCAGUUUAUAAAGAUGAUAAACAACAAUAUUUUCCAGCAUUUAGUUUUUGUAAUUUAUCACCAUUACGUUUUGAUCAGUUUAUAAAACCUUUUCUAAAUUAUACAAAUACAUUGAACUUAACCAAUAUAAAUGAUACAACAACAUUUAUUCCAUAUCAAGCCAGUUUAAUUUGA